AUGUCCGACGUCACAGCCUUGGAGGCGGAGGUGAAGGAAUUCAAGCUUCAGCUUGAAACUAUACAGUCCAGCUUACAGGUAGAUCCCGAUAACACAGAGCUGCAAAGUCUCAAAGCUGAACUCGAAGAACUCAUAACCCUCACCGAAACAUCGAUCGUCGAACUCAAACCGCCUACUGCCCCGGCCUCAUCAAAGUCCCAACCCUCAUCAAGCUCAGACAAAUGGUCCAAACAACCCGAUUCCCGAAAACAGGCCACAGACAAUGCAGACGCCACUCCGCAAACUCCCGUCUCCUUCUCUGUUAAUGAUACUGUCCUCGCCCGUUGGGUAUCAGGCGACGGCGGCUUCUACCCUGCCCGUAUCACGUCCAUUACUGGAUCUUCUAGUAACCCUGUGUAUCUGGUGUCAUUUAAGUCUUAUGCAACGGUGGAGAACCUGACGGCCAAGGAUAUCCGGCCGGUCUCUGGAAAUGACACUCGCAAGCGCAAGGCUGAUGGAAUCCCAAGCAGUUCAGCGUCGCCGUCACCCGCACCCGCGCCCGCGGCACAUCCCAAUGUGAUCUCUGCUGCAGCUGAUAUCAACCCCGCUCUCGCUGAUCAGGCCCGUAUGGACCCUAGUAAGGCCACCGAUGGACCUGCUCGACCUGCGAAAGCCCCGCGUAAGGUGAAAGCCAACAAGGAGCUAGAGGCCGGCAAGAACAAGUGGCAGGACUUUGCCGCAAAGAGCAAAGGAAUGAGUAAAGGAAAACUCGGCAAAAAGGACAGCAUGUUCCGCACUGGCGAAGGUGUGAACGCACGAGUGGGCUUUACUGGAUCUGGUCAAUCGAUGCGCAAGGAUCCCACUCGGACUCGACAUAUCUACCAGCAGGGUGAAGAAGAAGGCUAUUGA